AGUUCUAUGCGUUCUUGGCGAAAUUUAUUUGUGCUGGAAAUGUAAUGGUAAUUUUCUAUUCUUAUGAGCGAAGGAAACCCCACUUUAGGAAAUUAAGUUUUUUUAAUACAAAUUAUAAAAAAAAUAUUUUUUUGCCUUUUAAGAAUUAAUUUGUUAGCCGCAGUCAGUUUCGCUCAGUUAAAAUAACAUUACACCAUGAGCGCCAAAGUGACUUUUAAGAUUACCCUGACGUCGGACCCAAAAUUACCCUAUAAGAUAUCUCAGGCAAGCAUCUGAUAGAAACUACCAAAACGGGAAACCAUGAACGAAACAUUUUCAAAAAUCCAACAAGUUAUAACAACAUUUCAAAAUUUCACGUCAAUAUACAAUAACAAUGUGUGGGUUAGAGAUGCUGACGCGGAUUCCAUCAAGUCCGCAUUCAAGCUUGGGCAUUUUAUAGAAAGGGUUUUGGAAUCCUUGGAAGCCAACCAAUGCGGGGGUCAAUUUUCGGAUUUGUUGAACCAGUGGUUUUCUCAAAAGCAAGAAAGGGCUUAUGAUGUGGAAUUUUUUACCAAAGCUAAUGAUAGGCUACUGGAGAAAAUAUUCUGUUAUGCUAACGUUUCAGAAUCGACUUUAGAUAUAUCCAUCCGUAUAUACAGUUCUUUUUAUCCAAAGUCAAGAUUCAAGAUGUUUUUACAACACAUUUUGUUGCGUAGCAGUUCGGUACUGGCUAUUCAAGAAUUUGUUACGAAUUGCGUCGGCUUCCCUGAAAAUUUUGAGGAAACGAUUAUAAUAAAAACAUGGACUAAUUAUUUGGUCUCUGGAAGAAAAGAAGCGGUCAUUUCAGAAAUUAGGGGUUACUUGUCCUUGUAUAAAGUUGAUGCCAUGCUGCCGACCGUUAUGAAAAUGUUGUCAUUGAAUGGCCUCUCCGAAUCGGAAAGGUCAACCCAAAAAAUGAUACUAGAGUGCACUUUGGAAAAAAUGAACGAUAGGAGUAUACUGUCGAAAACAUUUUGGCUCUCAAUGUUUAAAAAUCUAACCCCCGUAUCCAUACUAAACGUUUGCGUUGUUCAUAAGGAAUUUCUGGAAUCGAUUUUUAGCUUUUUGGAAUACGUGGGCAGUAUGAUACGAGUAGAACCUGGCAAAAGUGUCUUUGAGUGGAAAACCAUGGAAGGUGUAUCGUUUUGCCCUGAAAUCGGUGGUAGCGAUAUAGUGCCCUUGUUAAAGCUAAUGUUUAAGCCCGGUUCCGAUUUACGCCAUUACGUGGGCGAGGCCAUUCAAAAGGCGAAAAUCAAUUCUAGUUUAUUAUUCUGGGAAGCUGUAUCGCAGGAAAUCUCCCAAUAAACUGUGCA